CUUUCACAACAUACGCGAUUUCUUUCUGAUGGGACUGGUCGUGGAGCCUGGAGUCAACGCCGAGCUGGAGGUCGAGGAGGAGCAAGAUCUGAAAGACCCGCUGCGGCAUCUAAUGGACACCGAGGAAUCGAUCGUAACCGUCCCUCCAUCGUGUCACACCCAUCUCCUAAGCUUUCUACCCUCGCAAUCCAAUUUCCUCGACGAAAAAGGUGGUACUCUGAAGUUAUCGUUCUCCCACCACUGGGAUUCCAUUCCGCAUCCUCUGGAUCUCUCCUUAUCGGUCGAUGCGUCGCCCGGGUGUGGUGGGAUAGCCUGGCCUGCAGGACAGAUUCUAGCCACCUAUCUCGUGCACAAGGGUCCGACUCAUCUGCGCAAUCGGAACGUACUCGAGCUGGGAUCGGGGACUGGACUGGUAGGUUUGGUUGCAGGGCUCUUUGGGAACUGCAAAGUAUGGAUAACAGAUCAAAGUCCUCUGUUGCCGAUAAUGCAGCGCAAUGUCUUAUUGAACGAUCUUAAUGACAACGUCGUUGUUGCAGAACUCGAUUGGGCGCAACCCAUACCCUCGACAAUUCCCAAGCCGGACGUGAUCCUAGCCGCCGAUUGUGUCUACUUUGAACCCGCGUUCCCUUUACUCGUCGAGACCCUCGACCGGCUAUCAACAAAGGACACAGAGAUUCUCUUCUGUUACAAGAAGAGGAGAAAGGCGGAUAAACGUUUCUUCUCUAUGCUGAAAAAGAAGUUUAAUUGGAAAGAAGUAGACGAUGACCCCAAUCGCGCAAGCUACAAUCGAGAGGCGAUCACAUUGAUGCGGUUGUACAAGGUCAAGGAUUGAGAUGCUUUCUCUCGCUUGGGUUUUCCGGGUUUAAAAGGUCGAAAUAAUACGGGUUUUAUUUGGUAGUUUCCGGUUGUCAGAAUUAAAUAUAGGAGUUCAUUUGAUCGAGGUC